CUUAGCAAGAAACCAAUCUGGGGAACACCGGACUGGUAACCAUGACGAUGAUGAUCCCAGUAAUCAUGACAACAUUCAAAACACCCUCUCAAAUUGAAUCUUCACAAGACGUGGUGUUUAAUUAGUUAGGUGAGUCAGAGUUGCUGCCCAUUAGGUGGAUGCCCCCUGAAGCUAUUAUGUUGUGUAAAUUCACAAUAGACAGUGACGUGUGGUCCUAUGGUGUAGUACUGUGGGAGAUAUUCUCAUAUGGUAUUCAACCUUACUAUGGGAUGAGCAAUGAAGAAGUGAUUAAAUAUGUACGGACUGAUAAUGUAUUGAGGAGACCCCAGGGGACACCACAAGAGAUAUAUGAUCUUAUGUUGGACUGUUGGGCCAUUAAUCCUACUGACAGACCUAAAGCUAUUGAAAUAUCUAACGGGCUAGAGAGAUGGACCCCUGACCUAUCAGCACAAAUUGAAGUCCAAUCACAAUAUCCUGAUUAUCAGAAUAUGUCCACCAUAUUGGAAUGGGCUAGGAAGUCAAGAGAAGUUGGUCAGUAUCAUUUAUUAGAGAAUACUACCACCUCUGAUGUUAACGGAGCCACACCCACUAAUAAUGGAGUCCCGCCCACUCUCGUUAAUGGGUCUUAUGAUCAUCUUUCCCCUCCCACUGGUUAUGAUAAAGUUAUUAGUAAUGAUGAGGAUGUCCCUAUUUAUUAACUUAUAAUUAAACUUUAUUAUUAAUUAAAAGGACAAAUAAAGUAAUUAUUAAUUAGUUUUUAGUUUGUGA